UAAUGGCAACAAAGCUUUUGCUUCUCUUAUUAUUCUGUCUUUUUUCCAUAAAAAAAGCUCUAUCCCUACAACCAAACAUUAGCAGUGGCUCCACCCUUUACACAAACUCUACCCCAAAUUUCUGGCCUUCUCCUUCUGGCCAUUUUGCAUUCGGGUUUUACCCGACUGGCAAUGGUUUCAAGGUCGGCAUCUGGGUCGUCGGCAGCCCAAAAAACACAAUAGUGUGGACAUCUCGGCGGAACGAUCCAGUGAUAUCACCUGGUGCGGCUCUUGUUUUCUCUACAGACGGUGGGCUUCUCCUCCUCAGCUCCACUGGACAAGUUCAACCAGUUGCCGAAACAACUCAAACGGCUUCAGUUGCUUCAAUGCAUGAUUCCGGUAACUUUGUUUUAUAUAACUCUAGUUCCAAGAUUAUAUGGGCUAGCUUUGACUCUCCGACUGAUACCCUUUUGGUUUUACAAAAGUUAGUUCCCGAAAAUAUGUUGUAUUCUAGCAUCUCCGAAACUGAUACUUCAAUCGGAAACUUCAAGCUGUCGUUGCAUCGGGAUGGAAGUCUAUAUGCUUUUCCAAUAAGAAGUUUGCAUGACGUAAAAUAUAUUUAUUGGUCAUCAUUUAGCAAAAGUGUCGGAAGAAACUUGACGUUGAAUCUAGCAGCCGACAGCCGCUUCUACUUAUCCAGUUCUUCUGGGUUAGCUGUAUUGAAUUUAACAGCAGGCGGACAUCUUGUUGAUGGUAGUAAAGUCUUGUAUCGAGCAACGUUUGACGUGGACGGCAUUUUAAGGCUUUAUCGGCAUCAAAUGGGGAGUAAAGGCAGCUCAAACAUUUCAAUCUUGUGGGAGGCAAUAACACCAGAAAAUCGUUGCUCGGUGAAAGGGAUUUGUGGGCCAAACAGCUUUUGUUCCGUUGAUGGUGCUGAUCUUUCUUGCCUUUGUCCUCCAGGAUUUGAGUUCGUGGAUCCCAAGCAGGCUAAUAUUGGCUGCAAGUUAAACUCCACAGCAAAAAAUGAUUGCUUUGGGGAUAAGGGUAACGCGAAUUAUAGAAUGACCUCUCUCCCAAACACUGCCUGGGAGUCCGGCGAGUAUGAUCUACUCUCUUCGGUGAAUGAAGAAGCCUGCUCGGAAAAUUGUUUGGAGGACUGUAAUUGUGUGGUAGCAACAUUCUGGGACGAAAUGUGCUUCAAGCAAAAGCUUCCACUUAGAUUUGGGAGGAGGAAUGGUAGCCGUCCAACUAAAGCAUUGGUGAAAAUUACAAGGGAAAGCCUGCCAGAUGACACAAAUGUUGUCGUCAAUGAGAUCACAAAGAAGCUCGGUAAGAAGCUUGUAAUUGUUGGUGUGGUUCUCAUCACCUUGUCUAUAUUUCUGUUUCUGUUCUCUGGAUAUCUUAUUUUCAAAUAUCAGAUAUGGGGCAAUAGGAUGCGUAUCAGGAAAAGUAACCCACCUGAUGUUGUUCAAGAAAUAAAUGUGACGUCAUUUACCUAUGAUCAACUGGUAAAAGCCACAAAUAAUUUUAGGGAAGAGAUUGGCAGGGGAGCAUCUGGGAAGGUUUAUAAAGGCUCCCUGCAGGAAAUGAAUGGCGGUGGACAGGAAAUUGCUGUUAAGCGGCUAGAGAAGAUGGUGGAAGAAAGAGAAUCUGUGUUCCGGAAUGAGGUGAAGAUAAUUGGGAGGACCCACCACAAGAAUUUACUUCAACUGAUUGGCUUUUGCAGUGAAGGAUCAAACAGGCUUCUUGUGUACGAAUUCAUGAAGAAUGGCUCACUGGGGGACCUUCUUUUCAAGUCAAGAAGCCGGCCUAGUUGGAAUGAAAGGAGGAGGAUUUUGGUGGAGAUAGCAAGAGGGAUUAACUAUCUCCACGAAGAGUGUCAGACCCGGAUCAUCCACUGUGACAUUAAGCCACACAACAUACUCAUGGACGAAUCGGGGUCUGCCAAGAUAUCGGAUUUCGGACUAUCCAAGCUGUUGAAACCGGAUCAAACAAAAACAUACACCAUGGCAAGGGGAACAAGAGGCUACGUAGCUCCUGAGUGGGACCAGAGCAACGCUCCGAUCACAGUAAAAGCAGACGUUUACAGCUUCGGGGUCUUGUUGUUGGAGAUCGUUUGCUGCAGGAAGAACUUGGUCUUAGCAGGCCCAGAGGAAGAAAUGGUGCUAACGGAUUGGGUUUAUAAAUGCUAUUUGGCUGGAGAGCUUGAAGAAGUGGUGGACGAAACAGAGUUGGACUUGGAGGAAUUGGAGAAGGUUGUGAAGGUGGGACUUUGGUGUGUGCAUACGGAAGCAGCUCGUCGGCCAUCAAUGAAGUCGGUGAUUAUGAUGCUAGAAGGAACCGUUGUGACGCAAGCACCUCCUCCACUAAGCUCCCACGUUAAUGUCUAAGAGACUAUGCUGCUAUAGAGUUUUCUAUGAUUAGUACCAACUUUGUAUUCGAGACAUUCAGUUUAAAGAAUAAUUCAUUGGUGUAUUCCUGCCA